GAAAUAAUCAAAAGAAAGGCUCAGUUCUGAAAACUGAUACCCUAAAUGAAUAAAUCAUCAAGGCUCUCUAACUUGACAACAGAAUCCCAGCUCACCAGGUGCUGAAAGAUGGCAGAGACUUGGGUCCAAGGAGGUUUACCCAUUGAUGAGGGCCGUUUAAGGGGAGGAUGGGCAAGCCACAUUUCUCUUAUGCCCAGCUACUUAGCCUAGUCACUUUCCGAGGAGCUGGUGACAAACGAGUCAGAAGGGGGAUGGAAGGGAAUCCCUGUCUCAUGAAGCUCAUCCAAGAAAUGCAGUCCAAAAUCAAUACGUUGGAGAGAGAAAAUCGGGCCCUCCGGGUAGAACUGAACUUCAAUGGGCAGAGGAGCUUUGACCACAAAAGAACCUCAGGAAGAGAUGGGAGAGAAGAGGAAAUCAGAUGCCUUGGAAUGCUAGGAGAGCAAUCUGAUGCUUCAUCAGUGGCAAUUGGCAGAAGCAACUCAGCUGAGUCUGAACUGGCCUGGAAAGAGCAGAAAGGUAAUACCAUGACCGUUAGGCGUUAUUCCAUCUCUACGUCUCUUCAUUCGUUUGCUGCCAAAAAGCGUUGUAAAUCUGACAAAAGUCACUCCAGCGGUGGAAUUCUAGAGGCCCAGGGAAUAGUAAAACCACCAGAAUCUUCUCUAGUUACAAAGCUAGUCCAAGAGGAAGAAAAAGGUUUUCCAGUUGAUUGCUUUUCCAGCAAUAGUUCUAGCAAAAGAACUUUGCAGGAUCAUGUUUUUAAGUGCAGGGCUAAAGUAAAGGCCGUGAGUUUCCUCCUACCAAUGGAUGCAUCAUCAUAUUCCAAAAAUCAAGGUCCUUCUGAGUACCCACCAAAUCAGAACAUAGACCAGUUAAGCACCAUCACUGAAAAGGAUCUAUGA